CGAACAGUGACAGUGUCAGUCCACCCAACUCCUCACCGGAACCAAGAUCUUUAGUAUACUAGCGGCGCGCGCGCGAUUCUUGAAUCUUUUGUUCGCCGCAGCAGUUCGAUCGAGGAAUCGAUCGAUCGAUCCAUCCACAGAUGGGCCACGCCGUGGACGGCCGGCUGGAGGCGCUGCUCUCCGGCGGCGGCGGCGGCGGCGAGGCGGCGGCGCCGUGGGCGCGGCGCAUGGCGGCCGCGGCGGCGCUGGAGCUCCGGCUGCUCGCGCCGCUCGCCGCGCCGGCCGUGGUGGUGUACAUGCUGAUCAUCGUGAUGUCCUCCGCCACCCAGAUCUUCUGCGGUCAGCUCGGCAACGUCCAGCUCGCCGCCUCCUCCCUCGGCAACAAUGGCAUCCAGGUCUUCGCCUACGGCCUCAUGCUCGGGAUGGGCAGCGCGGUGGAGACGCUGUGCGGGCAGGCGUACGGCGCCGGGAGGCACGAGAUGCUCGGGGUGUACCUGCAGCGGUCGGCGGUGCUGCUGACGGCGGCCGGCGUCCCGCUGGCGGCGCUGUACGCGUGCUCGGAGCGCGUCCUCCUCCUGCUCGGCCAGUCGCCGGAGAUCUCCCGCGCCGCCGCCGGGUUCGCCCGCGGCCUCAUCCCGCAGAUCUUCGCCUACGCCGCCAACUUCCCCAUCCAGAAGUUCCUCCAGGCGCAGAGCAUCGUGGCGCCCAGCGCCGCCGUGCUGGCGGCGAGCUUCGCGCUCCACCUGCCGCUCAGCUGGGCGGCGGUGCGGGUGCUCGGCCUGGGCCUCCCGGGGGCCGCCCUGGCGCUCAGCGCCACGUGGUGGGUGCUCGUCGCGGGGCAGUUCGCGUACAUCGUGCGGAGCCCCCGGUGCGCCGCGACGUGGACGGGCUUCACCUGGGCGGCGUUCCACGACCUCGCCGCGUUCGCCAGGCUCUCCGCCGCGUCGGCGGUGAUGCUGGCGCUCGAGGUCUGGUACUUCCAGGUGCUCAUCCUCCUCGCCGGCAUGCUCCCCGACCCACAGAUCGCCCUCGACGCACUCACCGUCUGCACGUCGAUACAGUCAUGGGUGUUCAUGAUCUCAGUGGGCUUCAAUGCUGCUGCCAGCGUGAGGGUUGGGAAUGAGCUCGGCGCCGGCAACCCCAGGUCGGCGGCGUUCUCGACAUGGAUGGUCACCGCGCUCUCGGCGAUCAUAGCCGCCAUUGCCGGCGUCGUGGUCAUCCUGCUCAGGGACAAGCUGAGCUACAUCUUCACCCAGGGCGAGGCCGUCUCGCGCGCCGUCUCCGACCUCUGCCCACUGCUUGUUGGCACCAUCGUGCUCUGCGGGAUCCAGCCCGUGUUGUCAGGUGUGGCUGUUGGCUGUGGAUGGCAAGCAUUGGUAGCAUACAUUAACAUUGGAUGCUACUACUUGAUCGGCCUACCCCUCGGCGUGCUUCUGGGAUUCAAAUUUGACUAUGGAAUUAAGGGAUUGUGGGGAGGCAUGAUUGGAGGGACGCUCAUCCAAACACUUAUUUUAAUAUGGAUCACAUUCAGAACAGAUUGGAACAAGGAGGUCGAGGAUGCGAGACGAAGAUUAGAUAAGUGGGAUGACACAAAGCAGCCUCUUCUUGUUAACAGACAGUGAUAGUAUCAGAAGGAAAAAUAGGAGCUGAUAUAUGUAUGCGGCUGCAAAUUCGUCAGAUUGGACGCCAUCUAACCGCAAUGAUAUGACUGUCCCGGACGGUUGGAUCAACGACAUUCAGUUCAGUCAGUUUCAUGUGGGCUCAUGCUACCACUUCAGAAUUCACAUAAUGCCAUGAAUUAUUCUUUUUUGGGGAAUACGCAAGGACCGUGUUUUUUAAUUAAGAGGAAUAAAUGUUAUUUACGUGCCAAAGCAAAAGCAAAAAUGAAGGGGACGGGAAACUGGAAAAAUACCAUGAAUUAUUCUCACCUAACGAUACUAUUUUGAGGCACAUAAUGUAUGUAUGUGUUAUAUGUUUAUUUUGGCUCAAUAAUUAGGUUGAAAUAGAAUUCAAGUUGCUCCA